CUUUUAUCUCUGCAAAAAGGUUUCUAAUAAAACGUCGAUGAUAAUUCGCCUUUAUUUUCUGUACCCACUUUCACAUAUCGAUCUUCAUUCAUUUCAUACUCUGUUCUUCUUUACAAUCGACUACAAUUUCUGGUUUCGGAGCAACGGAAAAUGUCUUCCCCGAGCAAGAGGAGAGAAAUGGAUGUCAUGAAGUUGAUGAUGAGCGAUUACAUUGUGGAUACACCAAACGAUAGGCUCAAUGAAUUUAGUGUGGAAUUUCACGGGCCAAAAGAAAGUGCGUAUGAGGGUGGGGUGUGGAAAGUGCGUGUUGAGCUUCCCGAUGCAUAUCCAUACAAGUCUCCUUCAAUUGGAUUUGUGAACAAAAUAUUCCACCCCAAUGUGGAUGAACUGUCUGGUUCGGUAUGCUUAGAUGUCAUAAACCAAUCUUGGAGUCCAAUGUUCGAUCUUUUAAACAUUUUCGAAGUGUUUCUUCCUCAGCUUUUGCUUUACCCGAAUCCUUCAGACCCGCUCAACGGUGAUGCUGCUUCAUUGAUGAUGAAGGACAAGAAGGAAUAUGAAGAAAAAGUUAAAGAAUAUUGUGAGCGUUAUGCAAAGAACAAUGGUAAAUCUGCGGUUGAAGAAGAGGAGAGUGGUGAAGAAGAUAUCAGUGAUGGAAAUUAUAGCUCGAGUGAUGAUGAGAUUCCGGGCCGUGCAGAAUUAUGAAAAUGGAUAUUUAUCGGUUUGUAUAACUAUAUAUCGUAUUUCAACUACGGACUAUCUAUGUUGCAAUCGACUAUGAUACUGUUUUAAAACGUGUAGAAGAUGUUAAGAUACCACUGCAAAUGUAGAACAUUAGGAAUAUGAAUGUAGCUAGCUAUACUUGAGUUUGCUUUUUGUUUUU